UCAGGGAUUCGGUCUGCGGUGCCGACCAAGUGGUGGACCCGCGGCGGGCCAGUGCACCCCGGCCUGCGCGCUCAGAGGCUCCGGGUCCCCCAGGCCGAGGCGCCGGCGGCCGCGCGAGGCGGGUGGGGUGGGCAGCGUUCGCUGGGCGCGCUGUGCGCGGAGCAAGCGUGAGGCGGCCGGGGGCCGGGACGCCAUGUCCAUGGAGGACCCCUUCUUUGUGGUGAAAGGAGAGGUACAGAAAGCAGUCAACACUGCACAGGGAUUGUUUCAGAGAUGGACAGAGCUCCUCCAGGACCCAUCCACAGCCACGAGGGAAGAAAUCGACUGGACCACCAAUGAGCUGAGAAACAACCUCCGGAGCAUAGAGUGGGAUCUAGAGGACCUUGACGAAACCAUCAGCAUAGUCGAAGCAAAUCCUAGGAAAUUCAACCUCGAUGCAACCGAAUUGAGUAUAAGAAAAGCUUUCAUCACAAGUACUCGGCAAGUCGUCAGGGACAUGAAGGAUCAGAUGUCAGCUUCAUCUGUGCAGGCAUUAGCUGAAAGGAAAAAUAGACAGGCCCUGCUAGGAGACAGUGGCGGACAGAACUGGAACACUGGAACGAUGGAUAAAUAUGGGCGCCUUGACCGGGAGCUCCAGUUGGCCAACUCCCAUUUCAUCGAGGAGCAACAGGCACAGCAGCAGCUGAUCGUGGAACAGCAGGAUGAGCAGUUGGAGCUGGUCUCUGGCAGCAUCGGGGUGCUGAAGAACAUGUCCCAGCGCAUCGGAGGGGAGCUGGAGGAGCAGGCAGUUAUGUUGGAUGAUUUCUCUCACGAGUUGGAGAGCACUCAGUCUCGGCUGGACAAUGUGAUGAAGAAACUUGCAAAAGUAUCUCACAUGACCAGUGGCCAGCUCUGCUUCCCCACACCUUUUGGACUAGUCUUGUUUCAGAAAAGGAACAGAUGGACUUGAGGUCUUGACCCUAAUCCCCAGUUACUAAGUGAGUUUCUAGCAUGUGUGAUGGAGAGCAGGAUGAGCCACUAGAAAGGUACUUGCUUUACUUACUACUGUUUGGUAGCAGUUCUGUUGGCCGGUUCUAAGACUUUGCUGUCCGUGGCAUUUAAGUAACUUAAGUACAUGUUUUGUGGACUUGGCGCAUUGCUUUGUGGAGAGUUCUGCAGUGUAUUUUCUUAGAUUCAGACCUUUUUAUAAUGUGAUUCUCAAUAGCUCUGGUGUGCUAAAAUCUGCAGGCUUUCAAAUAAACUUUUGGUGAAUCAGUGUAUGUACCUUUAUAUUUCUACUUAAAUGGAACUCUUACUUCCAGCAGUUGAGCUGCGUUGUCACAGGCUUUAUCUCAGCCUGACCCUUUGUGCAAAACAGCAGGGCUCCUCUGUGGAGAGAGGCUUGCUCUUCCUACAUCUGCCCAAGUGAAGGGUGCAUCCUGACGACAGACAGCAUCCUGUGCCCCGACCGUGGGCCCGCAGAGUGUGCAAGGGCAUUUGUGUUGUGUAGCUUUCCCAGCAGCCCUGAGAGUUAGGGGGACGCAGUCAGGAUUGUGGGCGGGAGCCUGUGUGGGCCCUUCUGUCCCUCGGGGCCUCCUUGCUCUCGGCCAUUUAGAUGGAUUCUGGCUACUUUGUUUACUGCCCCUGUUCUAAAUUGUGAGCAGGGCAGAAAGCUUCAGAAAAGACAUUCCACUUUUAUUUAUAGAUAAGCUGUGUCAGUUACUUUAACACAGUUACUGGUUAAGUGAUCUUUCUUGCCCAGGGGUGGUGUGAAGUUCAUCACCCCGUGAUCACUGCAGCUUGCUUUUUCAGCUCAUUGUUUCCUGAAGUGACCAGCAGUAGCUUUCAUCUCCUUUCUAUCCUUCCAUUGUGCUCAUUAAGAAAAGAACAUGAUUACUGUUUAAAUGAUUUGAUUUUGGUGGGAGAUUAAAGCUGAUGAGCUUUGAUCUGUAAUACCAACGCCAACAUCUUUUCCAGGGAUUGCCAGCAGAGAACUGUGAUCCAUAGAUUCUAAUUAGAGACUUAAGACACAAAGCAGGUACUUGUUACAAGGCUGGCUUUCAGGGGACGGGCAGGGUUGUGAAUGCACGUGCAGUGCAGGCCAGGAAGAGCAGCGGUAAGAGUCCAGGUGCCCGGGCAGGUUCAGGGCCUCUGCCCAUUCUGUCUGCAUCCAGGUGUUGCCUUAAGCUUCCUGUCACUGUCUCUUGGGGGACGUCGAGUACCGGGAGAGCUGACCCUCGUGUCCUGCCUUCCAGAUCGGCGCCAGUGGUGUGCCAUCGCUGUCCUCUUCGUGGUCCUCCUGGUCGUGCUCAUCCUCUUCUUAGUGCUGUGACAGCGGGGCCCCCAGCUCGCUUCCUCCUGCACAGGAACCUGAGGGGAGAGGGAGAAGCAGUGCACGGUGUGCCCGCCCCUCGCGUCCCUCGCCUGGAAACACAGCCUGCGCUGACUUUUCUCUCUGUGACCCCACCAUGGAGAUCAGGUCCUUCAGCCCAGCUUGGGGAGGGCCGGCGGGAAGAGGAAGUCGACGACUGCACACUCCUGGUGCCCCCUGGCCCGGAUCCGAGGACAACGGGCCCUGCUUUGCCCCCCUGGACCUCGCUCCCCCUGGAGGGCCUUCGAGGAAUCCAGAAAAAUUCGCAGACUCGGUUCGUGUUGGCUGUUGCUCAUUCCAUCCGUCUUGGCAGCUCCUCCCGCCCCCCACCCCCCGCUCAGACCCUUCCCCCGCCAGACAGCACGCGCUGGCCCAUCCAGGGGCAUCCAUCGGGGAUGCGGGCCCCUGGGUGGGUUUCAUAUCCUGUCGCGGCAGCGUCCCUUUGCCCCCAAAAGCUGGCGGUUAGUGGGGACAGAGGGCUCGGAAGUACUUUGUGACAGAAGAUGCAGUGACUGGUUUUUCAGGGAUAAGUGCUAGGGUGAAGGUGCUUCCCCGAGCACAGUUUUUUGUGGUAGGAAUAACCAAUGGAAAAGAAUGAAAAGCACUGGGCUUUGGGGGCACUGGCAACUUGUGGCUUGAAGGGAGGACAGGGCAGCAGGACACAGCUGGAGAGGGCGGGUGAGGUCACCAGGGUCAGGCCCUUGCUGGAUUCAUGCCGCUGUCCUACAGCCUCCUCCCUAGAGGUGCAAGUUGCAUUUCUAGAGUGACCCUUAGAUGAGCAGCUCACGUGAGUGGACUGAGAUCCCGAGGUGGUGUCUAUUCCUGCAGCACUCAGCCUUGGGGGCUGGGGGGGCGGGGCCCGCACGUUGAUUACAUUUACUCAGAAACUAUGAUGUCAAAAAGACUAGUUCUGGACCAGAUUUUUCUUACCCUGUGAGUGAUUGCAAGGAUGGGUAGGUGAACUUGGUUCCUUUUUCCCUGAGAUGACAAUUCAAUUUUAUCAUCCAUUCAAAUAACUGAGCCAAUCCAAAUUUAAAUGACAGACACUUCAAUUGGGUUUUAGUAGCUGAAACUGCUGAGACACUGUACCCUUCAAGCUUCUGAUGACUUUUAAAAUGCCUCCAGUGUACACAUGUAUAUAGGAUAUUUUUAUAACCUCCCUGGUGAAAACCUAAUAUUGAAGUAGCGGCUGAACCCAGAGCCAGCACUUGGCAGUGGAGGCUGCAGGUCUCUCCUAUCUUUUUUGCACUUGGGAAGCACAGCAACAUCUGGGUAGAGUUCUAGCUUUGACUUCCAUCUCCCCAUCUCUUGGGGCCCACUCCUCAGUACGCUUUUUUUUCGUUUGUAUCUUGUCUGUGUUGGGCUUUUGUUUUCUCUGUGUGUGUGUGUGUGUGUGUGGUUUGUAAUGAUGUACUUGCCUAGCUAACCUUUGAAUUGCACUUUUUAAUAUUUGUAACAAUUUUUAAAAGAAGGGUAUUAUAUCAUGGUAGGUAAGGAAAUCUGCCUGUUGAUGAAAGCUAAAAGCAGGUUUAUAAAACUAAAAGGGUGAUUGACAUCCACGUUUACACUCAACUCUGACAUAUAAGUUAUUUCUUUUCAAAUUACGAAAAAAAGUGAUUAUUACAAAGGGCUUCAGGUGUAGGAUACUAGAUUAUUUGUUUUACAGAGUUUUGAGACUUUGUUAAGAUAGUCUUCUACAAACUGAGGACAGGGCUGGUCCUUAGAUUUACAUUAAAAUGUACACGUCUUUUUAAAUAUCCAUGUGGACCUUGUCUCAGUACUGUAAUCCCCACUUUCCAUGUGACACGAAGCAGCCGGCUUCUUGAUGAAUUACAGGAUUACCCUGUUUAAACGCCAUGCCAUUAUGUGGGUGUUACCAGAUUUACUGUGCCCCUCGAAACUGACGUGUGUCAGCAGGGCCUGUUGGGAACACGCUGGUCAUUAGUGAGUAAGGUUCUCCCCAUGCUUCAGGGACCAAGUUUUGUGACGCCGAGGCUUAACUACUAAAUGUGUGGGGAUAUUUAGAGUCGGCAGGCUCGCUGAUUUAAGGUGUUUGCUAAACAGUGGCUAUUGUAGACCAGACUGGGCUGAAGCCGAAGAGGAAUCUGUUUAGAAAGAAAAAUUGCUUAAAAUCCCGUCACUACGGCAUUCUCCCUGUAGGGCCGCUGCUCUUUCUGGCCUUGGAGGAGCCGUUCUCCGAUAGGCCGCCUCUUCAUGUGUUUGUCAGAGCCGCUUGGCCCGAGAUGUAACCUCCGGCCUACGUGACCUGAUCCUGGGACCCACCCUGUUGUACCAGGACCGAGCAGUCACUACAGACCAGUGUUCACUUGAAGACCAUGCCCACCGCCCAGUCAGACUCCAGACUGGCAGAGAGAGCAUGCCAGGGGCUUAGGUUUCCUCAUCAGUGAUCCUGAUGCUUUGGGUUCCUUGCAAGUGGUCCCCUGACCCUGAGUGGUGGACGGGGGGGUGGGGGGGGCGGAGUGGAUGCCCGCGACACCCCUACAAGGCUUAGAGGCACUUCCUGUAGCCGUGGGGCUUUUUCUCUCCUUCAGCCUCUGUACUUCGUGCUGUACUCGUCAUUGCUAAAAAACUGGCAGAAUAUGACAGAUAACGAACAGAAAGAGCUCGACUUCUGUUUAUUGGAAGAGCAUUUCUCAUCCACUGGUUUGGUGAGGUGGGGUGUAGAAUGGGGUCAUGAACCAUGGAGAGCAUUUGCCAGAGUGGGACUCCAGCUGGAAAACCGAAAUACCUUUAGUUUUUCGUCCUGAUUUUUGAUCUCGUCUUUGUGAGAACUGUGAAGAAUCACAAUGCGCUCUGUGUGCCGCUACCGUGUGGCAAUUGGAAGUCGCAGCAUGUAUGUUACAUGAGGAUCUUCACGCCAGAGUCGGGGGAGAAACUUGGUAACUUGCCCAUUAUUCUCUGCUUUUAGCCAGAGUUAAACAGACUGAUGGGUCUGGUAGCCAACAACUUGGCAACUUCCCCUCCUUCUCACCUCGUGAGAUUAAGGGCUGCGAAGAAAAAUGUAGUCUUAACUCCAGCAGAAAUCUGUCUCCGCUAAGUGUUUUACCUUCUGUAAGUGAAGGUGGCAGAGCCAAGAUCUUCCUUUUGGUAAUUUCCCUGUCAAGUGAGACCAUUACCACCUUUCUAGAGAACGCAUAGCAUUUGAAGAUCUCAAACCAACUGAUAAAUAGGAGUUGUUUUCCCACUCUGGAAUUUGGACCAUUUGGCGUUACCUCGUACACAGGACAAAUUUGUAAACAAAACAAAAUUCGGACUGUCUGGAAAGCUGAAGUUCUAAAACACGGAACGCACUACCGUCAGUGCUCCCUCUUCGUCUAACUCUCGUUGGCAUUUCUUCCACUCCCAGGUUUUUAAAGAUUUUUUUUUUCUUUUUGAAGACUGUUCUUUGUCCAUCAAGAGCAGAGAGGAGGUGAAGCCAAAGGGUCCUCAGCCCCGCAGUCAGGUGGCGCUGUCCCCGACCACAGUCGGGACACGAGGACAGGGCCCCGAGGGGCCGUCAGGCGCAGCGGCCUCUUCCUCCAGGGCCCUGCUCGAGGGGCAGCUUAGCCCCUGGGCUGCCCUGGCAGGAGGAGGUAAGACUCUGUCCUGCCCAGCUCCCAUCCUUCACAGAAUAUGCUUGUGCUGAAAACAAGGAGCUCCUGUCUUGCAAGGCCCGUGUCCGUCUAUUGUCUCUAAAACAUGGGUGCUGUCCCACCAUGUCUGCCUGAUAACGCUCACAGGGAGGCUGCUGUCGAGUCCAGAACCCCAGGAGAGUUCUUAAUAGAGAGGACAGCCCUUCAGAGCCUAGGACGGCACUGCUGUGAACCUGGAGACCGAAGCCGGGUGCCGGGUCCCCCAGGCUGGGGCUGAAGCUCCAAGCUAGCCGACUUCUGGGGUGUUAGCAUCCCCGACGGUAGCCUCAGAAGGACUUAUGGUCACUUAGCUCAGGAGUCCUCUUGUUUCAGCGUUGAAACUUUCAGCUCCCGCAGCAGACAUGGGAGUCACUGGGUGGGUUGCAGUCCAGACUUGGCACCGGGGAGCCUGCACCCCGUCUGGACCAAGCUGACCUCAGUGACAUGAUGUAGUCUGGUAGUGGCUUGUCACGCUCCCGCCUCAGCACAGCCACUUGAUGUCUUUUGCUUUUGGACAACCACUGGCGCUCUGGUCACGUUGCUGCGAUCUCCAUGCGCUGAAAGUUGUUAUAUGAUAUUAUAAGUCUCUUUACUAGGACAGAAGCUUGGGGAGGUGAGGAAAAAAGAAAAAGAACUUGGUUUCCCUCUGACAUAAGCUAAUGUGUUGGCGCUGUCUUCCUUCUGAUGUGACCUUUGUCCAGAAAUGCCCUUCCCCGAGGCCGUGCAGAUGGGAGCUGUGCUUAGACUGUGAUUGUCCGAUCACCUGCCCUACUGCUGGGGUUUCACAUGAACAUUUCAUGGUCCUGGUUUGCCAGCUGCAGCCAGACGCUUUGUGAGAAAGUAUAUUUUACUUUUUUUUUUUUUUUAAAAGGUUAUGAGUUAUCAAACCCGGAAGCCACUUGAUUAUCCAGGGGUGUUAGAAAUAAGACCACCUGGCUUUGCUGUCUGCUGACCGGAGCUCUUGAGCCUGUUCCCUGGCAGCAGCCCAGCACUCCACUCCAGCCCGGCUUUCCGUCAGCCCCGGGGUGGGACCGAGUUCAGGACGGUUCUUUCCUGCUCUUCAGAAAGUAGGUUCUGGCUGAGACCCUGCUACUGAAUGGGAAUUGUGACGCCACAGUUAGUCGGUUCCGGGAGAGACAGCCGUCCUAACCCUCAGGUAGAUUGUGCGUCUGUGCCCUGUUGUCUGUGCGAGGUGAGGAGAGGCCAGGUAGGUGUCCCACUAAUAAGUUACUGGAACUGCUCUAAGUGCCAUGCUAUGACGUCCUGGCUGACCCAGGCUGGGAGAACGCUCAGGGUUGGGGGGUGGCCUGCAAACCCGGAAAGGGCCAAAGAAAGCAAGCUGUAAAUGAUGAUGGAUUUGGUUUUUGUAAGUGGAAGUAAGCUUUCACCGGCUCAUUUGUAAUAAAAAAUUAAUGUAAUUAAAAACAGAGUGUGUAAUACGUGGCAGUGCUCAGCAGGACUAAACGAUUGUUUUUUCCUUUCAAGGAUAAAUAACCUUACGGCGUUUUAUUUUUAAUUAACUAGAAGGUACAAACAAAAGAAGUGAGAUCAAGGAUUAGAAAUGCAAAACGCCGUGGUGAUUUCCAGAUGGUGCUUUCUCCCCGCACCCAACACGAGAACAGUGCCAGAGCCCUGGUGCCAGCAGUUCACAGCCCCGCUGUGGGUAGAGCUUGCUUCCUGUAUGCAGUGGGUCUCCAAGUGUGGUGUGGGACCGUCAGCGGCGGCGGCAUCCCCUGGUAACUUGCUAGAAAUGCAGAUUCGCGAGCCCCGCCCCAGACUCACAGACUGGGGUGGGGUGAGUGGGCUGUUUAACAAGCCCUCCAGGGGAUUUGAUGCACAGUCAAGUGUGCGAACCACUGCUUCUGCAUCGUGGAAUUUAGGCUACAGUAAACCACCCCUGUAAAAUGAAACAGCUUCAUGGCCUUCAUUGUAAUCCUGACAUUAAACAAAAGUUGAUGACACUAUAAACUUGAAAACUUAAAAAAAAACAAAAAAAACUUGUGUUUAAAAAAGCCUCAACUAGCCAUCCUUAAAAGUGAUAUUUUUACACCCUGAAGUUUAUCAGUAAUGUUUCUUACUUCUACUCUUGAAAUCAUGUUACAACUGUAUAAAGACUACUGUUCAGUAUUAAAGAGAAAUGGAGAGACCAUGAA